GCUGAGCUUAAUUGUCAGUCAUAAUCUAAUCGUCCUGGCUGGUUGUUGGGUCCAUCUGGCAGCUUCCCUGACCUCGAUUUCCGCAAACGGACGGGGUUUCUCCGACCACGACUCGACACAAUGUUCGCCCAACCUAUGGACCACACUUUUAAUGAUUUAUUCAACCAGUACGUCAAUGUGGACACCUCUUGUGUGGAUGCCAACAAAGACGUUUCAUUCUCCGGUGACUUUGAUCAACUAUUCCAAUUGGAUUCAUUGUCAAGCGAUUGUGGCGAUCUCUCUCCCCCACUCUCCACCCCUAAGCAACAGCAUUCAUCAGCCUCGACGUGGAGCCGGGACUUUUGGUGUCUGGCGCAGGAUCCCGAUGUACCUGCAGGCCAAGGCCAUUUCUCUUUACAAGACACCAUCCACCCCUCCGCCGUCUCAGAUCUCAGUAUCACCCUUGAAGCGCCUUCAGUCGCCUACUCCGCAGAGCCCCGCACAUCCCCGUCCACUCCUCCGGCUACCCCCAGUCGCAAAGUGAAGAGUGCCCUUGUCACUCCCAAGUCGAUUCGUCGCCAUCGAGACUCCAAUGAUCGUCGCACUUUACUUCGCAAGCAAAGCUUCUCGCCCAGCCUGACGCGCUCGUCCCAGAUACAACGAAGCAGAAUGGCCUACCCGGAAGCAUGGGCGCAGCGAUUCCAAGAAUUCGCUUUUCGCAGCUCAGAAGCGCAGCUUCCUUUGUCUCCACCACCAUCCGAUAUCCUUGUGCAACAAGAAAACAUGGCUGCUGACUCAGUUAGCAUGCCUAUCACCCGUCCGGCAGAAGCGCUGCCUCAAGAGCCAGAAUUAGCUCCGCAGUAUGAGUCCGGCAUGUUCAACCAGUCACCUGCCAUCACGAUGCCUUCGCCAUCGGCUGGCGCACUAGCAAGACAGCAACAACGGUACUUGAGUCAGUCGAACAGCUCCUCGCUGAGCAUCUCAAGCCCACCGGCUGCCGACCACAUCUUUUCCUCUCCACUUUCCUCCGACCCUCAGUCACUGUGCUCCUGGCAAUCCGAUUCUCUUGCCUCUAGCGUACCAUACACGCCCGAUAUGCAGAGCCACGAUGACCAGACGUGGUGGUCGCCGGUGACGUCUCGAACCGUACAACGACAACCCUCCUAUCAACAAGUGAUCGCCUCGCCUUGCCCUCAGCGACCGAUCCAGAAUACAACAGCUCAACAGAACAUGCUACAAGGAGGGCUCAUGAUUCAGUUGGAUCCCUCUUCAUUCGAUCUCUCGCAGACGCAAAGUCACUCAUAUCCCCCGACCGGAAUGCCUUCCACGACCAGUGGCGAUAGCGGUCGCUCGUACAGUAAUGCUUCCAGUGUUGAGCAGUCCGUGGGAUCUUCUUUUGCGACACCACAAAUUCAAUGUACCUCACGUUCCCCCUCUUUGUCUCCCGGCAGCGGAUCGCCUCCGACAGUGCGACCGAUCAUGCAGAGCCGCGGGGAGAUCAAAACUCCUCGCCGCCACAGCAAUGGUCGUAAGCUAUCAGCGCACUCGAUGAGCGCCCCGAAGCCUGCAACCAGAGUCACCAGCUCCGGCAGUCCCCGCGGCAAGGCCGUCACCGUGUCCUUUGUGAACUUCACCGCCAACGAUAGCCAGAAGAUCCUCACCGGGGUGGCACCCAGCGGCAGCUCCAAGACCAAGGCCCGACGAGAGCAGGAGGCUCGCGACCGACGCCGCAAGCUGAGUGAAGCUGCCUUGAACGCCGUGCGCAACGCUGGCGGGGAUGUUGAAGCUUUAGAAGCUAUACUAUGCUAAUACUUUCACUUUUCUCAACUAUCUAUCGAUUUUAAUAUACCUUUGUUGCGA